GAACCCUCAGGUUUUACACUUGAAAAUCUAGAACUUGCUUCAGGAUACAAGGAUCAACAUCAAACAAGUGGAGUUUACCAAUCUCAAAGAUCGAGUGUUAAAAAUGAAGCAACCUCAGAACUUUCAGACACAGCAGAUCGUCCAGCAAUAUAUACAUCAAUUAGUGAUCUAAUACAUCAAUUAGAUUUAAACAAAGUCAUAGAAACUAAUAUAGAACACUUGAAAGGUGUUAAUGGAACACAUAUAUUGCUGAAGGAAAUGAAGAUACAAUCAAAGAAUCUCCCUGAGAUUGAUGCAGAGCCCCUCCCAGGGGCUAUGGGAAGAGGUAUGCUAAAGAAGGAGAUCAAGACACAGUCAAAGAGUCAUACUGGUGUGAAUUUAUUUAAAGACACUUAUAUGUCCCCAAAACAUAAAGAAGAUUUUUUUACCAGUGACAUCACACCACGGAAAGUCUCAACAAACAGGAUGAGUUUUUCAUCUUUUGACAAUCAAGGAAUGAAUUUGUUUAAAAACAAAAAUAUAUUUUCAAACCAACAAGAUUUAGUUCCGAAGAACAUCUCAAUGAGUAAAUUCCCAACAAAAGUGAUCAAUUUAUCACCCUUUGACAGUCAAGAAGAACCUUAUGAGUACACUUCACCCCAUGUGACUGAACCUCCAAAAGCAAAUCAUAGAACCUCCAGGGCUGGGUCAAUCAUUUAUAAAGCCAUCCAGCUUCCUUCGUUGAAUAAAGAAACUUCAGGGCAUCCAAAAAAUUCUAUCUCAAAAAAACAUGUUGGAUUUACGAAUACUCUGCCUUCUAUAAUCUCUACAACUAGAAAACCUAUCUAUGAAGUGCCACAUUCUGCUGCCCGAAAUCUCUACCACGUCCCUAUUUUUGAGAAAAACUAAGUUCUGGUCAAGAUAAGCAACAUGAGCAAAUAGCAAUGAAAUGUGCAAAUGUGGAAGCUUUAUGAAAAUAACACUAACUUGAAAGGAUGGUGCUUAUUGAACAAUAGUGAGAAAUACCCUACAUAAAUAGGGUAGACCCGGAUUAUGGAGGAGUUUAGUUGGUAGCAGAAUUCUUCUUUACCAUCUGGAACAAACUUGAAACUCAAGAGCAAAGCUUUUUUGUUGCUGAUGUUAAGAAAGGAGCUCUAUGCUGAAGCUCCAGCUUGCUUCUAUUCACUAAUAGUCCUGUAAUAUCUUCAGGU